CACAGAAUGUCAACGACAUGACAAUGGAGAUAUAUGCUCCUCAGCCUCUGGUGAGGCUGCCGCGGACCACUAAGGUGGGUGCUACCACUCAUUUUGGAAGUGUUUUUACGGUGCGCGAUGGAGUGAAGAGAAGAAGGAAAGAGAUUUGUGCGGCGACAGAUGGAGACUCUCUAAGCAUUUACGAGGCGCAAAAUGGGAACAUCUUGACCUCUUUCCCUGUGCCUCCAAACUCUUCGUUCUCUGGUCCACCAUGCUCGAUUCGCGUUACCGCAGACGGACAGCUACUUCGAAGAUCCUACUGUGCAAUAAAGUUGCAGUCUCUCCACAUCCAGCUUGUUGAAAGCCAUGAGAAAGACCAACAACAUAUCAAAUCGGUCAAGAGUCCCGAACUCCACGACCAGCAGAGCCCGUUGCUGCUCAUUGACGUACUCCCUCAUGCCGCAGACCAAGUCUUAGUCAUACAGCAAAAUGGAAACUUGACCACAUUUUCCACGGACUUGGGCAGAAAAUUAUCCGACCUUUCAUUGCGUGAUAGUGGACAGCUUAACAUUCAGGUCCUGGCCGUGCAACAUCUCACCCCAGCAGAGGCACGGAAAUCUGUGUUGAACCAAAGAUCUGACAUACUAAACGAAGCCAAGGCGCACACGUCUUACCUGGCUCUUGCAUACACUAAGGUCGUGACGGGCGAUGACGGUCGAAAACUUUUCUACGGUAUUUGGUCGAUUGAGACUGCUGAAUAUAAAGCUCGGCCGGAACGAAAGUCGAUUUUCCCCUUGUUGGAACAUGAGCUCGGUCCGGAAGGCAGUGCGAAUGACAGACAUUGCAAUCUUGGACACCUGGCUUCGCAUCUCUAUCUCAAAUCAGGGCCGACUUUCUCGACAUAUAAUCUUUCAGGUCUAGUACCAACACUGGCCUCUACCUUGCACACUGGUAUCAAUGGUGGCUAUGAAAUCAUGGCCAUCUCUCCUGCCUUCGCCAUCUGCUCUUUUCAGGAUAGUUUGCGACUUUAUGACCUCCGUUAUCAGUCGUUACGGCUACAAAUUGACGCGGAGCGAACGACAUUAAAACGAAAACGAAGCAGGAUGGCCGCAGAGGGUCAGAUCGGUCCUGUGGAGUUUGUGACCUACUUAUCCCAUUCAGCACGUAUUAUUGGGAGGCGUCGCCACUAUUUGGUUGCCAUCGACAUAUCAACGGCUGCCAAUUCCAAAAGGGAGUUACAAGCUGGAAGCAAGCUCAUCCAGAACAUUGGACUUGGCGUCGGCCUUCACGAUGAAGGGCGUCGGUUGGGUGGUAUUGUCCCGAAAUUGGCCAUCAGCGCUUCUGCAGGAAGUGCGGCAAUGAACAAGGACUGGCUGCCUGUACGGAGACGACUUGAUGAAUUGGCCCAAGCUGGCGAUGUGGCCGGAUUCGAGGAGGUCUUUGUGAAUGACAUUCGGUCAAGUUCGAUGCAAUCGUCCCUCCCUCAAAAUAUGGUCGACGAUCUACCUUCGAACCGCUUUCUCAUUCCGGACGUUAAAAUCAACUACCUACUAUGCAAAAUCUUCCAGAUAGUUUUGAGCCCCGACUCCUCAGGGACAGAUCAUCCUGCCGACAUGGGAGUCAAGGUCCAGGUACCAACGUUCAGAUUGAUUGCAUGGCUCUCAAGGCUAGGCUUAGUCUCUUACAAAGCAGUAAAACGAGCGAUGUCAGCCACCAACCCUGGCUCGAAGGAUGUGCUCUCAGCCAGCUCAAUUGUUCGCUCGCUUGUUGACGUCGACUCCAGUCUGAGUCUCCUCACAGAAUGUCUCGAGACUGGCUUCAGCCCAUACGUCGAAGAGCAAGCUGGUGCGGUGCAGGUGCUGUUGCAACAAGCACUCGCAUUGGUAGCGGAUGCGGCACAAGCACCAGCGUUGGAUGAAACGGAGCCUGAAGAGAGCGGGAAACAGGAAAUGCAGAUACAAGCAUUGGCCACGUCGACGUCUGAUCCAACGUGGCUGCCAUCUCGAUUGCAGCGAGCACUGAUCAUGUCGUUAGACAGGUUUGGAGCCGCUUCGGCGCCCACCAUAUCUACGACUCUGAGAGGUCUUUUCAGUCAGCGAGAAGUAUUGGCCCUAAUCCAGUUUCUACGGCAGCAGCUCUUCCAAGGCGGUCAUACUCGGUCCUUCCAGAGCGUUCAUUCGGAUACCGACAGUGCUAGCCUACCAGCGAUGAAGCUCGAUGCCAUUGUCAAGGUCCUGUCCAGCUGCAUCGACGCCAUCGGCCCUCUCGGUUUUAUUGGUGCUCUCGAAAACGAGGACUUCGUCGGCAACAUCAUUCCAGACCUCGUGACAGAGAUUACUCACGCAACACAGAGCCUAGAAGAUGCUGCUGAGUUACAGGGUACUCUCCGGGAGACACUCCGGUAUGAAGAAUCCAUAAGAAAGCACAAGAGUGCAGGAGGUCGCCUUCCAGUCGGAGGUCCUACUGCCGGUGUGAAUCAGUGUCCUGGAACGAUAGUGACAUUGUACUCGGAGGAUACUAAGGGAGACGACAAAUUCCAAGUUCGCGAUGGACUUCCCCUUUCUCUACGUGCGGAAAAUGUGGUUAAUCCUCUCAAAGCGAGAAAGGGCGGUGGGCCGGUGUCGAAGCGAAGUGUUCGACACAUGAACAUGAUGGAAAGCAUGAGUAAGGGGCAGUAUUCAUUUGAACGAUUGGUUUUGUAGCUAGCGGGCUGGAAAUAUCGAAUGCACUUGGGACAAUAUCCUCUUUCU